AUGCCUUCAUAUACCAAAUUCCUGAAGAACUUCCUCAGAAAGAAAGGGAAUUAUAUCAAUAAUGAGAGCAUAGUGGUAGAGGGCAAUUGCAGUCCAAUGAUUCAGAGGAAGCUACCACACAAGCUCAAAGAUCCAGGAAACAUGACUAUCCCAUGCUCCAUUGGGGAUGUGUCCAUAGGGAAGACUCUCAUUGACUUAGGAGCAAACAUCAUCUUGAUGCCCUUGUCCAUGUGCCAAAGAAUCAUAAAUCUAAAGAUAGUUCCUACAAGGAUGACACUCCAGCUAGCAAACCGUUCCAUUGCAUAA